AUGGUCUCCUCAUCAACCCCCAAAUCAGUAACUAUUAUCGGUGCUAGCGUGGGCGGCCUCACGCUUGCUCUCGUCCUCAAGCGAUAUGGCAUUCAAUCGCGAUUCUUCGAACUCCGAGACGAAAAUCAUGACUUUGACGGCGCCGUCUCGCUCACUCCAAACGCUUUGCGCGUCGCCGAUUCCAUCGGUGCAUACUCUCGCAUCAAGCAUCAAGGCUUCAACUUCGAGGCUAUGACUUUCAUGACGGAUCCUGAGCACGAGAUUACCGGGAAGCUCUACUUUGGUCAGAAAGACGUGUAUGGGUACGAUGGCAUACGCAUCACACGAAAGGUGUUGAUCCACGAGUUGAGGGAAAUGGUGAAAGAAGCUGGAAUCGAAAUACACUACGGAAAGAAGUUUACCAAGGUUGUCAAUGAAGACGACAAUGGCGUCGAGUUCGAGUUCGCAGACGGAACUCGGGAGAAAGCUGAAAUGUUGAUUGGCGCCGACGGUAUCCAUUCCAAAGUCCGAUCGUAUCUCUUCCCAGACAUCCAUCCACAUUACGGGGGCUUCCUAGGCUUGACGUAUUGCUUCCCACGCGCCAAUGUGCGACUGGAUGACGACUUCCCACUUCCAGUAUCUCUGCGUGGGGAGCACGGUUCCUUUAUUAUCACGCCUCAGGCUGAAGGUGGAAAAGAGAUUUUCGUUGGACGACAGUUGAAGUACGAACCGCAAGAUCGUGCAGGAUGGUCAGCAAUGUUGCGGGAUAAACAAGCAGUGAUUGAAAUACUUCAGCGAGAUCCCACUGCAUGGACACCACUCGUCCAGUCUGUACAAGCGCAAGCUAGUGCUCCGGACGCUCAUUUCCUAAAUGUCUGGCCAUUUUACACUGUUCCUAAAAUGGAUCGUUGGCAUUCAUCAACGGGAAAAGUUGUUAUAGUCGGAGAUGCAGCGCAUGCUAUACCACCCUCAGCAGGGCAAGGCGCAAAUCAAGCCUUUGAGGACGCUUAUAGCUUCGGAAUGCUCUUGGCAACCCUCAAUGGCAAGUCAAGUUGGUCGGACGCGUUGACGGCUUGGGAGACAUAUCGGAUGAAGAGAAUGGAUGAGGUGUUAAGAUUGACCAACCGGCUUCUCACCAUCAGGAUGACGGAGGAAGAAAGGGCGAGUGUGCCCGAGGACAUGAGGUGGGAGCUUGAUUGGAGUAACGCAGGCAAGUCACAGUUGGGGUGGUUGUACCUUGUAGACAUCGAUCAGGAUGUUGAGAAUUUAGUAAAGACGUUGAAUGUACAGGCAUGA